AUGCCUUACGCUCUUUCUGAAAACCACAAGAGAAUGGUUCUUUCUCACUUGAAGGAAUCCGACCCUCAAUUGCAGACGCUUAUUGACAGCGAAAUCGACAGACAGAGACACUCUAUCGAUUUGAUCGCCUCCGAGAACUUUACGUCCACUUCUGUGUUCGACGCCUUGGGGACGCCGCUGUGUAACAAGUACUCAGAGGGGUACCCAGGUGCCCGUUACUACGGUGGUAACGAGUACAUCGACCAGAUUGAACUUCUGUGUCAGGAUCGUGCCCUAGAGGCCUUCCAUGUGUCCCCUGACAAAUGGGGUGUCAACGUGCAAACUUUGUCCGGCUCCCCAGCUAACUUGCAAGUCUACCAGGCAAUCAUGAGACCUCACGAAAGAUUGAUGGGGUUGUACUUGCCAGACGGUGGUCAUUUGUCCCACGGUUACGCAACACCAACGAGAACUAUCUCUGCCGUUGCUACCUACUUCGAAUCUUUCCCUUACAGAGUCGACCCAGAGACUGGGAUCAUCGACUACGACACUUUGGAAAAGAACGCCAUCCUUUACAGACCUAAAGUGCUCGUUGCAGGUACCUCCGCCUACUGUCGUUUGAUCGACUACAAGAGAAUGAGAGAGAUCGCAGACAAGUGUGGUGCAUACUUGAUGGUCGACAUGGCGCAUAUCUCCGGUCUUGUUGCCGCUGGCGUCAUCCCAUCCCCAUUCGAGUACGCAGACAUCGUCACCACUACCACCCACAAGUCUCUAAGAGGACCAAGAGGUGCCAUGAUCUUCUUCAGAAGAGGUGUCAGAUCCGUUAACGCCAAAACGGGCAAAGAAAUCGUCUACGACUUGGAAAACCCAAUCAACUUCUCCGUCUUCCCAGGUCACCAAGGUGGGCCACAUAACCACACCAUCGCUGCCCUAGCUACCGCCCUAAAGCAGGCCGCCACUCCAGAGUUCAAAGAGUACCAAUUGCAAGUCUUGAAGAACGCAAAGGCUCUAGAAAACGAGUUCAAGAAGUUGGGUUACAGACUGGUCUCAAACGGUACUGACUCGCACAUGGUCUUGGUCUCGUUGAGAGAACAGGGCGUCGACGGUGCCCGUGUUGACUACAUCUGUGAAAAGGUUAACAUCGUCCUGAACAAGAACUCCAUCCCAGGUGACAAGUCCGCUUUGGUCCCAGGUGGUAUCCGUAUCGGUGCCCCAGCCAUGACCUCCAGAGGUAUGGGUGAGGAAGACUUCUCUAGAAUCGUCAACUACAUCGACACCGUUGUGAAGACCGCGCAGGACGUCCAAAAGGCUCUACCAGCGGACGCCAACAAGUUGAAGGACUUCAAGGCCUACGUGGAUGCCAACCCAGGUAACUUGGGCGAGUUGAAGGAACAGAUCUUCAACUGGGCCGGUGAAUACCCAUUGGCCGUGUAA